GUGCGCGCUUUUUUUAUUUAUCCAUAUGCUCUUUCGAUUUUUCAAUAUAGAGUUUUGCAAAACAAAAUACUGCCAAUGGGUUGUCUUGACCCAAUGGUUUCCUAUAUUAUCAAAACAGAUUUACAUAAAGCAAAUGUACAUAUGUUUGUAUGUAUUUAUAGCUUCAGAAACAAUGUGAAUGAAAUUCGAGCAACCGUGCUAAAAAAUAUUGUAGAAUAAUUGCAAUAUUUUCUGUAUACUUCGUUCAAAUACCUAAAUGUUUUAAUCAAUUCCCAUUCUUUCAUUGUACGUUUUUUUGUUGUAAAAUUUAUAGAAACACAAUACGACAACGACAGAACCAAACCUAGCGGUCUUUUGUUUUUGCUUCCCGUUUACAGCAGGUCAAAUAAGUUUACAAAGAGAGUUUCGAGUAGUUCUAUUGAUAGUGGCUGGCCAACGUGCAUGAAUCAAGUUUGGGGAAAUUACAAAUUUAAAGAAAUAAUAAAAGUUUUUGUAUAAAUAAAUAUUGACUGUGUUUAAUAUGGCGAAAGUCUCUCUUGUUAAGUAUAAUAAAAGUAAAGAUAUGCUCUGUGUUGACGGAUAUUUUUUUUAUUUGGAGCGAUCUACAAAAAAAACAUAUAAUUGGGCCUGUUCUAAAAGAAUUGAAAAGAAAUGUCGUUCGCGUCUUGUUACAACACUUAUUGAAAAUGUGCAUACGAUUACGAAGUAUUCAAAGGAUCACUCACAUGAACCGUUUCCAGAUGAGGUCAAUGUCGUAAAAGCUAAUAACUUGGUGAAAAAGUUGACGAAAUCAAGCUUGCUGACUACUAGCCAAAUAAUCCAGAAAUCUGUUGUUGAGACUGUUUCCGUCAGCCGUGACUAUUUACCCACAAAAAGUGUUCAAAAGCAAAAAAUUAACAGGAUAAAAAGAGCGAAAGUAGGACUUCGUGAACCAAAUUCGAUAGAGCAAAUAGAUAUUCCAUUAAGUUUGUAUGUUUUGGAAAAUGAACUUUUUAUUUUGUCAGAAAAAUAUUUCCACAAUGAAUGUAUGAUUAUAUGUGGUACUAAAUCAUCAUUGCAAUUGCUUGAUGAAAGCGACUGUUGGAUCAUGGAUGGCACUUUCGAUGUGGUGCCUACAUUUAUGCGACAACUCUUUUCCAUACAUGGUCGGGUUGAAGGGCAAAUAAUACCUCUCGUAUUCUGCAUUAUGAGUAGAAAAUCACUUACCAGCUAUGAGACGUUUUUCAUUGAGCUCAUUGAAUUUGCUCGAGGAUAUGGCAUACAAUUAAAUCCAAAACGAAUCCUUAGUGACUUUGAGAUAGGUAUUAUAUCGGCUGCCAAAAAAUAUUUUCCCGAUACGAGAUUGCAAGGAUGCUUCUUUCAUUUUAGUCAAAUAAUUUGGCGUAAAAUACAAAAAGAAAGAUUGGUUCAGAAAUAUGGAAAUGAUUCAUAUUUUUCCUUACAUAUUAGAAUGUUAAAAGCUCUGGCUUUUUUGCCUCACGACGAAGUCUCUGAGUACUAUAAUCAAUUUUAUAGUACUCUUGAAGACGACGAUACAAAACAGUUUUGCUCGUGGUUUGAAAGAAAUUACAUAGAUCGAGACAACUCCCAGCCAAAAUACCCACCAAAAUUUUGUUCAGUGCACGAUGAGUCCAAUAUCGCUUUCCCUAGAACGCAAAGCAGUAUUGAGGCUUGGCAUCGUCGGCUAAAAGUUAUUGUUGGGAAACGAAACUCAGGGUUGUACAAACUAAUUAAUGAUCUAAAAGGCGAGCUGGUUUGUGCGAAAGCACAACUAGCUAAAAUUCAAAAUGGUCACAAAAUUAGUCAAACGAAGAAGGCUGUAAAAGUAAACAACAGAAUUAAAAGAAUAACAAAAAAAGGCUUAUAUUAAGGCAUGUUUCUUUUCUAAAGCGAAUUGCUAAA